AUGACGCCGAUGCUGGGGCCGAUGGUGGUGGUGGUGGUGGUGGUGGUGGUGGUGGUGCUGGUGCUCAUUGACCUUCCCCGCCAUCUUUUUCCCAACCUCGUAGCUGGAGAUCAUAAUGGCACACGCAGGCGCAACUUUGAGACACCGUGCCGCCCAGCCGCGGAAAAGACCCGAUACCCCUUCAACUUUGAGGAUGUGCAGGAGGAAGCGGGGCAUGAUGCUGACAAUGGCGACGAGGAUGAGGAUGCAGAUGAAAAUUUGGAGAAAGAGGAAGUGGUGAAGGAGGUGCUGGCGGUUGAAUACCUGUUGGCGAGUCUUGCCAACGUCAAAGGGGGUAGUGAUGAGGGCUGCGAGGGCGCCAGAUGUGGCGCCUGCGAUGAAGCUGUCGAGGAAUGUCAUGGUGUGGUCUUGGUGUGGGUCCGAAGGCGCGGCGUGUCGACCGCCGUGGAGGUGCUGAUGAGUGUCUGCGGCGAAAGCGGCUGGAAUCGUUUUCAAUCGCAGAUCGGUGAGGAUGGCCUUCACGGUUUCAUAUCCCCACCAGUACAAGGCGGAGAAAGGCACGUCGCGCCACAUGGUAAGGGUGAGCCCCCGCCAUACUGGCGGAGCGUGGCUUUGAAGUGGUUCGUUCCCGUCCCCGACGUGGCUUGCAAUCGUGUCCGAAACAUUUCAAUCGGACUUAUUACCGACGCGGCCGCUAUCCUUGCUAUCCCGCCUGCAGCGAGCGGAGCGUACGUGUCAUUGAAGGCUCUAUUGAUAGGACUUAUUUUAUCGAAGCGUAACCAGUCGUAG